UGACACGAGCUCUUCAGCGAAGCGGCUGCUGGAGCCUGGGGAAUUGUAGUUUUUUGCUUCCUGCCCCGAGCAAGGUCCGAGGGGUUGGUAAGGUUCCACCGGGACCCAGCUUGUGCAGCUGCCCCGUCACUCAGGUGGUUUGGAAGCCCUGGGGAUGCAGGUCCUCCCUACAGCUUACCCCGUUAUUCAAACUGACCCUCACUGUCCGCCUGUAACGCGGUUUGCUCUUGUACCGUCAUACCGAAGCUGCUUGACGUGCAGGGAAAGAGAAAGAAGAAAAGAAGGAAGGUGAAAGGAGGCAGUCCUCUGUGUGUGCACUGACACACGUGCCAAAAUAGCCGCUGUGCCCUGUGUGAAUGCUCAGGGACACACCUGUGGUCUGCCAGAAUCAAAGUUAGUUUCAGGUUUCCCAGGGCAUCUCUUCCUACAGCCCUCAAUCGAGCAGGUUAGGCAGUGAAACCCUCGCACCACCCUCAGCAUCUCAGGCAGGCUAAUAAAGUUGUUAGAUUUUAAUGGCAGGAAGGCUUCUGUAGUUAUUGAAGUGCAGCUCCAUUAUUUUUGCUGUGUUUUAACAAGUUCUGUGACCAGGAAAAGCAGCAGAGGUAUUUUGGCACGGCAUUGACAGUGAUUCAGUUCUCCUUUAUGAUUUGGUUUGAGGCAGAUUUUUCUCUCACUGCCUUGGUUUUCUCCCUUCUUUUUUUUGGUAUGUUAAUCAUUCUGGCUUUCAGCACUGUGGAAAAACUUUCUUCAUUUCAAAAUGUAAUGGAGACUGGUUCAUGGACUUUCAUACUAGAUGAUCCAUGAUUUAUUGUUAUUUAACCAUCUUUUACGAGAACCACCCCUGAAGUAGUGAACUCUUGCAAAAAAAUUACUUGCUUAUUAGAAAAUUAUUCAUGUCCAUCCUGAACAAGGCAGUUUUCUUUCAGCAGCAUCUAUCUUGGGGCGCGAAUGCCCAGAGCAAGCAGGAAAAUGUGUUUUAGCAGCAUGGGGAGCCCCGGGGUAGCUGUCACUGUUUCCAUGUUCUAAACAAUUCUAAUGCCAUUAGCGAGUGUGAUUAUGUACAAACCGCUUCUAGGGGGUUCCUAGGCUGGAUGUCAGAGCAGGGCUUUGUGCUGAGUCAAAGGGUGGGUUGAGUUUAUGACACAGUUUAAAUAGAACCAGAAGAGCAGAGCUACAGUAGAGCAGCACAUCGUAAUUCAUUCAGUACCAGCCUGUGAUAGCCGUGCAGGGAAGUGCUCACUCCUUACCAGUUUGUUCAGUUUGAGAACACCUCUCAGGGUCACCCAGGAGUAAGUAGCUGAGGACAGAGCUUUAACCCUGGAGUUUUUUGCUGCUUUUUGGUUGUGUUUCAAAUGGAAAGAGAAAGGAAAAGGAAAGAAGAGCCUUACUGCAAAGUCUCUGUCUAAAUAUAGACUGCUUUUUCAAUUUGUUCAUUUUUAAGAGAAAGGAUCUACACAGAAUGAGACCAACAUUCAGAAUGGCAGCCUUGUCCACUUUAAUCCUCCUUUUGUGUGCUGCUAAAGAUGUGAUGCCUUCCAGUCCUCACUGGAAGCCAACUUGGCCAUCUUACAGAGUUCCCGUUAUCCUGCCGCAGUCUACCCUGAACUUGGACAAACCACAGUUUGAUGCUGAAGCCAGACUGGAAGUGGUAUCUCCAUGUGGCCCAGCAUGCCACAAAAGUUCUCCGCUGCCAACUUACGAAGAAGUGAAGAACUACCUGUCCUAUGAAACCUUGUACGCCAAUGGCAGCCUCACUGAAACUGAAGUGGGCAUAUAUAUUCUGAGCAACAGUGGUGAUGGGUCUCGAGGCAGAUCUCGAACUAAGAGGCAGAUCUAUGGCUAUGACAGCAGGUUUAGCAUUUUUGGCAAAGACUUCUUGUUGAACUACCCAUUCUCCACAUCAGUGAAGCUCUCUACAGGUUGCACAGGGACGCUGGUGGCUGAAAAGCACGUUCUUACUGCCGCUCAUUGUAUCCAUGAUGGGAAGAGUUACGUCAAAGGAGCUCAGAAGCUGCGGGUGGGGUUCCUAAAGCCCAAACAGAAAGAUGGCAGCAAAGGGUCCAAUAGCACCAACUCGGCAAUUCCUGAGAAAAUGAAAUUCCAGUGGAUCCGAGUGAAACGGACGCAUGUCCCCAAAGGAUGGAUCAAAGGCAAUGCCAAUGACAUUGGCAUGGAUUAUGACUAUGCCCUGCUGGAGCUGAAGAAGCCACAUAAAAGAAAGUUUAUGAAGAUAGGUGUGAGCCCACCAGCAAGGCACUUACCUGGAGGGAGGAUUCACUUCUCUGGCUACGACAAUGACCGUCCGGGAAACCUGGUUUACCGUUUCUGUGAUGUCAAAGAUGAAACGUACGACCUGUUGUACCAGCAGUGCGAUGCCCAGCCGGGUGCGAGUGGAUCUGGGGUAUAUGUGAGGAUGUGGAAGAGGCAGAAUCACAAAUGGGAGCGUAAAAUUAUUGGUAUAUUUUCAGGCCAUCAGUGGGUGGACAUGAAUGGCACCCCGCAGGAUUUCAAUGUAGCUGUUCGCAUUACACCCCUCAAAUAUGCACAGAUCUGUUAUUGGAUCAAAGGCAACUACCUUGACUGCAGGGAAGGAUAAAGACAAACUCCUUGAAAGCACUUAAUGACUGGUUUUAGUUACUCAUCUGAGGAAAGGCUAGACUUGUGCUGCAAAUGCAUGUGAUCAUGUAACAUCAAGAGGUGAUAUGUAGCUUUUCAAGCCUUGUUCUUAGGACGGGGACUGUGUGGUGCUAUCAUUACAGCCUGAAACUGGGGAGAGAGGAACGUCUGCUGGGUGGGGAAGGAGCAGGUGGACUUGCUGAAUCUGCAGCUGAGCAACUGAAGAUUAAUUAGGGGCGGAUCAGUAAACAGUAUGAAAACAGAACCGUCUCCAAAGAAUCUUGUAAAAGGGACGCUGUUGACUAUCUCAUGCCUGCAAUGUUUGUUUUAAUAAAUCCUAGGAUUAGUAGAAAUGCUUUGAUCUGAACUUUUAAAAGAAAAUAUUUCUAUGCUGUUGGGGGCUGAAGAGGGGCAUUUAAUGGUGUUUGCAACCCAAACAUUACAGCUUUGUGUUCCUGCAUGAGAAAAGGGAGUGUGAAAAGGGCAAGGCAUGCGCCGUGGGAGAUGAAUGCCACACAAAUAGCGUGAAGGGUAAAUAACCACAUAACACUUCUAACUUCCUUUCAGCCUGAGUGAUUUGAGACUUUAUUAGUAACAGUUAAGAAAAAUGCUUUUUGAGCAAACAGACCUUGAUAUUGCAAGGAUUUAACUGUGAAGAUGUUGUUGGUCAUAUGAUCUGUGCCAUUACAUCCUGCUUUGGGAGGCACGAAUCGCUCAUGGGAUUAAAUCUUUAUAGGAGCUGGGACCUAUGAAGGAGCAGGAUCCCUAUGAAUAUACUAGAAAGUGUGUGGGGAAAGGGGCUUUUGUGUUUAUGACCUGCUUAGGUCUUUUAAGGAAAAUCUCAUGUCAGCAACUCAGAUUUUCAGAGGGGAAGGCUGCCUUCAGUCCUGCUGUCUAUCUGAAUAGCUGCCUGCAGAGCAGGAUAAGGGUUCUACCGAGUUCUCUCCGUAUCUGUUGAAGAUCCUAGCUAUUUUAACUAAUAAUACACCAUAUAGAGGGACUCUAGACUUAUAAGUGUCUCUCAGCCAUAUCCCUUUGACAGUGUAAUUUGGGCAUCUUGACUAAUGUUUCUUGUGGUUUUGGAAUAGGAAUCCUCCUCCCCACCUAGGUAUUGAGUUACAAAUAAUUCUUGGAAAAUGCACAGUUCAGGAUUUCUGCAGCUGGAAUAGAACCACUUUAUAGGAUGCGGCCUGAGUUUGCUGUGAAGUGAUCCUCUGCUGUCUCUUACAGAUAAGAGUGAUAUUUUUACUGUAGAAUAAUUAGAGUUGAAAGCAAGAAUUGCCUUUUUGAGGUAAAAACCGUUGAGGUAAAAAUUCUGUAGCUCAGUGAACAGCAUUCGGAAGUCAACAUGGUCUCUACAAACAGCCUUUCUUAGAUGGAUUGUGCCACAGUAUUUCAGUAACAUAGUUGAGGACAUGCUGCUGUGCCAAGAUUAUUUUUUAAGUGGGAGGAUAGACACCAGCUCCAGUUUCUCUUCCAUCCAUCACUCACUGACUCCUGAAGCUUCCCCAGUUGCCCAUGGUGCUUGGUGUUGUGGGGCAAAUGCAAGUCCCUGGUGAGAAAUAUCAAAGCUGGGAAGGAGUGAAUCCAAGCAGAGCUUCCCUGUGCUAUACCAGUACAAGGAAAAUGUUAAUUCAGCUAAGCCUUUUUUACACUCUACUAAUUACUACGGCAUUUGUAAACAUAUGCCUGAUGGUGCUUUAUCUUUGUGGUGGCUUUGGCUCUAGUUCUGACAAACAUUUUUGCUGGAGCUGCCUAUGAUUAUUAUUUUUAUAGAAGCAGUGUACAAAAAUGUGGACUCUCAUGUGGGUUUUUGGUGCACUCAGAUACAAGCAGUUACUAAUGCUUUGAAAUACGAAUAAUCACCAUAUGUAUCUGAUGGUCUUUUUCUGACUUUUUAUUUUAAUUUCCUUUACUCUAUGGCUGUUAUCUGGAGCACUUUUGUUUGAAUGUAUCACAGUGAAUAAAGAAAAGUUAUGGAAUUUCAAUGCAGA